GUUCGUUACAAUCUUAUUACUUUGGGAUGCUUGAGUAAAUUCAUUUACAUUCCACCUCUUGAACCAGAAACACUUAUUCAUUUCGGGAUACUUUGGGGUGCUUGAGUAAAUUCAUUCACAGUCUACCUCUUGAACCGGAAACACCUUAUUCAUCUUGGAAUAUUUUAGAUUUCUAUUACAAUUUAAAGUUUAUUUGCAGACUUUAUUAGAGUAUUAAUAGGACUGCUAAAGUUUAGAAAAUUCUUUACUUCAUUAUACUGUCAACAAUGGCAUUGUCGGGAGAGGGAAAGAAUAACAAUUCUCAUGAUGCGGGGAUUUGGUGAUAGAGAAAGAUCAUACGGUGACGUUGUUCAUUUAUUCAACGAUACAUUCCGGAAUCGUGCACCUAUUUCAAAAUCUACUGCAUAUCGAACCUGUAAUCGAUUCGAAAGAACUGGGUCAGUCAAGGAUGAACCACGAUCUGGAAGACCUAAAACUGCCACAAACGAACAAAAAUCUUUAGAAGUUAUAUUGAAUUUUCAAGAAAAUCCUCAUACUUCGAGUCGAAAAGUAGCUCAACAAACCGAAAUUAGUAAAACAUCUGUCCUUCAGAUUUUGAAGUCGCAUCGGUAUCAUCCGUACAAAAUAAAACUAGUGCAAGAACUUAUCGGAGACGAUCAUGAUCGUAGACUUGAAUACUACGAGGAAAUGAUGCUACAAUUCGACAGAAAUAAUCAAUUUCUGUUUUGGACGUGUUUUUCGGAUGAAGCAACCUUUGAGUUGAGCGGAUCUGUCAAUCGGCAUAACAUGAGGUAUUGGACCGAUGAGAAUCCCCACUGGAUGAGGGAGCAUCGUACACAGUAUCCGGAAAAAGUUAACGUUUGGGCUGGAAUAUUGUGUAAUCGUAUCAUCGGGCCAUUCUUCAUUGAUGGCAAUUUGACAUCUGAAAAGUACGUAAAUUUGUUGAACGAUAACAUAAUACCUGCAAUACAAGCUAUCGUUGGGGAUGCAUUCGAGAAUGUUUGGUUUCAACAAGACGGAGCUCAAGUUCAUUUUGCCCUAAUUGUACGCAAUGUACUGAACAACGUUUUCCCUGACAGGUGGAUUGGUAGAAGAGGUACCAUUGAGUGGCCACCAAGAUCACCCGAUUUGUCGCCUCUUGAUUUCUUUUACUGGGGAUACUUGAAAAGCAAAGUUUUUGAAACCAAACCCAACGAUAUCGAGGAACUGAAACACAGAAUUGUUGAAGCGUCAAAUGAUAUUAGUUUAGAGAAGUUACAGAAUGUUUCCAAUGGAUUUAUUAUCUGUUGGGACUUUACCAAGAGAAGGGUGGAUACCAAUUUGAGCAAGGAAAGAAUUAAAGUUGGCGAAUAGUGAGAGGCGAGGGGACUCACCUAAAACAAGCACCCCGAUGGUGAGAGGCGAGGGGACUCACAAUAAACAAGCACCCCAAAGGGAUUAUAAUUUCCGUCACGUCCACGUCGUUAAUC